AUGUUUCUCCCCUUGAUCCUGGGAACCACUGGAUGGACACCUUUUGAUUCAAAACCAUUUGACUGCUUUCUUCAAGGGCUUGUAGGUGCAUGUGGAAUAUCAGUGCUGUACAACCUGCUGAGAGUCUACAAUUUUGUUCAAAAUUCCAAUGAUUCUGACUCUGGAAAUGGAAGCAAACCCAGGUCAUCCUCACUGGGCACGUCUCUGAGAGGGAACUGGAGAUCAGCCCUCCAGUUCUGGAUUCUGACUGUCCUCCUCUCUCUGAUGGGCUCGAGGGUUUUCUCCCUGAUAGUGCUGGAGUUUUCCCUCAGGGCUGUUUCUACCUGGGCGUCAGCUGGACUGGAUGCCAGUGGCAGAGGUCUAGACAUGAUCCUAAUCCAGAGCCAGUUCUCCCUGGGUUGUAGCCUCACCGGCACUCUGAUCUUCCUCCAACAGAGGGCUCCACACAGCUCCCUCAGCUUAUUUCUGGCAGCUGCUCUCAGCUGGAAACUGGCAAGCUUGAGCCACAGUCUGUGGAUCCAUGUGGCCAGACUCUACCCGCUGCACAGCACUAAACAGUACUGUGGGAAGUGCAUCACUCUUCUAACCUCCGGACACACCAUACUGGCUUCACUGCAAAGAGCGGUUGUCUUGGCUUUUGCUGUAGCAAGUGUUGCUUCCACCGCUACAGUUUAUGACCACUUCCUGUCCCAGAAGGAUGCUAUGAAGUUCUGGACUCUGCUGACGCUCUGUUACAUUAUGUUGCUCGUGUAUAUUCAAGAGGAUGAGCAUCGGCAGACAGGCACAGCGGCCCUCCUGCACUCUGUAGUUAUGCGGCUGGGAGCCUUGCUUGUCCUCAUGCUUGCAAUGGGAUACUGGUCUGAUGUGUUUCAAAUCCUCAUCGCGUUUCUGGGAGAAGCAGUCUGCCUGUUGCCUUCUUGGGAUCUUCUGCAGGCUUUGCUGAAGGAAGAAAAAGAGGAAUCAAGCUUGAGCAGACGUGACGAGCGCUCCGGUCACAAAGGAACCACAAUUAAAACAUCAUCACGUGGCAGAUAACAGUGCACUCAAACUCCACCACAAUGAUUAUCAUUGACUG